AUGGCCGCCAUGUCCGCCGCGUCAGCGACUGCGAACACCAUCACGCCGCCGAGCAGCAGUCACGGAAACGGGAACCAGAGCUCUUGGAACACCAACGAGAACUCCCAGGACAAAAUCUCUGCCGCGAAGAACGAUCCGAAUCGGGCACCCCUGACGCAAAACGGCAACUCGGCCAAUAUUUACGAGUACGGCUUCGAACCCCUGCCGCCCCCGCGCAAGAAGGCCUCCAACGACAACCUGUCUCUGGGCAAGAAGAGCCGCCGCGACACCGACGCUUCCUCGAAGCCGGGACUGAACAACACCGAUGACGUGUUUGGAGGAAAGGUCGGCGAGAAGCGCUCCACGAACGACUUGAAGGGGGAACCACAAGACGAAAACUCCAAAUGGAUCCACCGCGAUAAGCUGGCUCGCAUCGAGAGCGAGGAGCUCCAGGCCGCCGGCAUCGUUUUGCCAAGACCGCGCGCGAGUAGCAGACCGCGGAGGGGCCGCAGCGAGGAGAAGCUGAACGGGAGCACCAAGAGGACCACGUCUGCCGCUGCCGAUGAGGAGAUGCCUCGCCCGAGGUCUAGGAAAACCUCCGUCUCCCCGGAGAAUAGGGUACCCACGGAAAAGAUGCCCGACCUGGACGUCUCCAACUGGGAUCUGCGACGGCCCGAGGAGAUCGCGACGGAGGGAGACGGGAACUACUGGACGUCCAACGGCGAGAAGAAGGGCGUCUCCAAGAUCCCCGUUGCCAAGACCAGCCCAGCACCGAUCCCCGGGUCGUACAUCGAGAGGAAUGCUCCCUCGGCGCGGAGACUUAGCGGAGGACCAAACGAACUCGAGACGAUAGCGUACCCCAAGCCGCGUCCUAGGAGUGGCAGCGCGAACACGCUGGGCUCUAUCGCGAAUUUGGCGCCUGCGAAGCGAAGCGCCACCGAUGUAUCCCCCCGCAAAGGCAGCGGCACUUCGACCACCUCUGCCUCGCGCAAGACUUCGACGCAGGUCAAGUCCACCGGCAAGGCCAAGACAAGAGGCGGGAAAGACUCCACGAGCACGACCCGGCCGACGACGAGGUCCGGGGACUUGUCUCCCGGCGUCAAGAAGCCCGAAGGCGACCCGCCAUGGAUGGUGGGAUCUUUCAAACCCGACCCCCGUCUCCCGCCUGAGCAACAACUCCUCCCGACCGUGGCGAGACGUCUGCAGCAGGAGCAGUGGGAGCGCGAGGGCAAGUCCGGCAGCAUCUACGACAAGGAGUUCCGGCCGUUGACCGCGGAAGGCCUGCUGAAGCCUCCCGAAGCUGGCCCCAGCUAUUCCCCCGACGCCGAGGAAGAAGAGCAGCAGGAGCACAGCGAAUGGCCUCUCAAGGGCGGCGACGCCCCAAAGAGCCCCACGUCUCCGAGCAUCAAGCAGAGCGCCUCCUACUCGACCAUGCCCAAGCUUUCCGAUAAGCCUCAGACCAGCCCGCUGCCAAGCCCCCGCAGCCCUCGCAGCCCGAUGAUGCCGCCCGAGCCGCCGGCUCAGACGCAGACCAUCGUCCGCGUCCCCGACGAGCCCUCCGCCGCGGCCCAGAUGUCCAUGGGCGGCGACAAGAAGAAGAAGAGCGGGGGCUGCGGCUGCUGCAUCGUCAUGUGA